CCCAUCUUCUAGCAAUAGCAACCAACAAGCUUCUCAACACUCACUUAUAGUUUCUACCUACACUUCUUCUUUCCAGAUCAGUCUUCAAUCUCUAACCGUCAAAAUGAAGACCACAUGCACCCUCAUCGCUCUCGUUGCCUUCUUUGGCACUAGCAUUACCACAGUCUCCGCUAACUGCUACACCGGCGGAGACUUCUGGCAAGACAAGGGAGCAGCCCGCUACCACGCCGAGAGAGCUUGCAGAGGAUACGACGGCCACCAGGGUGCUUUCCAAGGUCCGUAUUCAACUUUCACAGACUUUAGAUAUUACUGACAAGAACAACAGGCACCUUUGGUGGAGGAGAGAAAAAGUCAGCCUGCAUUCAGUUCUCUCCAACCCAAGCAAUCGACUUGUCCAUUCAAAACCUCAAUGCCAACAGCGCCAUUGAUCUCGCUGACGCCGACUGCAUUUUACGUCUCUCAAACGAGAUUAAUGCUUGUGACCGCGGUGGAGAUUCUACCAUUGCUAAUUGGCGAUUCAUGUAAGCUCUUGAUAGUCGGCUAGACCUUUCAUGUUAUCUGUUGCUAAUCACGAAUUUCUCAGCGCUGAUCCCAACAACCGGAUCUGUCAAAUACACUAGCUAUUUUAUGGCUAGUAGCAUACUAUUGGAAGAUGUCAAUGGAAGGUGGACGGGUACAUUAUAUUAUCUCAAAGCUCUUCUCAUUAGAGGGAAGGUCUCAGUACGGCUGAACUUUUUCCUUUUGGGGGCUUUCCUGCUACAAUAUCUUACGCAUGGCCGUCCUGACUUUGGGGACAACUUCUUGAUAUAGAUUAUUUUCUUUUUGGUGGAUGGGUGGUUGUUUUUAGUUUCUCUUUACUUGUCGCUCGCUUAGGUGGAAUUGUCUUGAUGUGGAUUGAAAUUUCUUAGGGUGGUUCUUUAGCUAGGCC